UCCAUUUUCCAGUAGCGUUUUUCUACUUUCCAUCCAUCCCUUCCCCUCCCCUCUCCUCAACACACGCACACACAAAUGGGUCGUGUGAUCCGGGCACAGCGUAAGGGAGCAGGAUCCAUUUUCAAGUCUCAUACACACCACCGGAAGGGUCCGGCCCGAUUCCGUUCUCUCGACUUUGGCGAACGCAAUGGCUACCUGAAGGGGGUAGUGACUGAAAUCAUCCAUGACCCAGGACGUGGUGCUCCUCUUGCUCGUGUUACCUUCCGCCAUCCCUUCCGGUACCAGCACCAGAAGGAGCUUUUCGUCGCCGCUGAAGGAAUCUACACCGGUCAGUUCAUUUACUGCGGCAAGAAGGCCAACCUUGUUGUCGGAAAUGUCCUGCCGCUCAGAUCUAUUCCUGAAGGUGCCGUCAUUUGCAACGUGGAGCAUCAUGUUGGUGAUCGUGGCGUUUUUGCUAGGGCCUCUGGAGAUUACGCCAUUGUUAUCUCGCACAACCCAGAUAAUGGAACAACUAGGGUCAAGCUUCCAUCAGGAGCCAAGAAAAUUGUGCCCAGUGGCUGCCGUGCCAUGAUUGGCCAGGUUGCUGGAGGAGGACGUACUGAGAAACCCCUAUUGAAAGCUGGAAAUGCUUACCACAAGUUCAGAGUCAAGAGGAACUGCUGGCCCAAGGUCCGUGGUGUUGCUAUGAAUCCAGUGGAACAUCCCCACGGUGGUGGUAACCAUCAACAUAUUGGUCAUGCCAGUACUGUACGUCGUGAUGCCCCACCUGGACAAAAGGUUGGUCUUAUUGCUGCUAGGAGAACUGGACGGCUUCGUGGUCAAGCUGCUGCAACUGCUUCUAAAGCUGAUAAGGCUUAGGUUAAUGUUAAGGGAUGCAGAUUUUAAUUCUAUUACUGUCUGUCUUUUUGUUGAGUGGAUGAGAUAUUUAUAAAAUUGCGACAUUUUUGUGGUAACCAUAUAGUAGAUUUAGUUGGGAUUUUGGUAUUGAGUGUUGUUUCCGGGAAAUGAUCUCUUUUUCAACAUGCUGUUACUUGGAGUUGUUUUGGCACAUUA